GCGGCGGGGCUGCUGGUGAACUUGGCGGCGUCUAUUUGCAUCGUCUUCCUGAACAAGUGGCUGUACGUGCGAAUGGGCUUCCCCAACCUCAGCCUCACGCUGGUGCACUUCGCCGUCACCUGGCUGGGGCUGUAUGUGUGCCAGUCGCUGGGCGUCUUCGCCCCCAAAAGUCUGCGGCCGCGCCAGAUCCUCUCCCUAGCGCUCAGCUUCUGUGGCUUCGUGGUCUUCACCAACCUCUCCCUGCAGAACAACACGGUCGGCACUUACCAGCUGGCCAAGGCCAUGACCACGCCGGUCAUCGUGCUCAUCCAGAGUGUGGCCUACGGCAAGACCUUUGCCACCCGCAUCAAGCUCACUUUGAUUCCAAUCACUUUAGGUGUUUUUUUAAAUUCUUAUUAUGAUGUGAAAUUUAGUUUUCUUGGAAUGAUAUUUGCUGCUCUUGGUGUUAUAGUCACAUCUCUUUAUCAAGUGUGGGUAGGAGCAAAACAACAUGAACUACAAGUAAAUUCUAUGCAGCUACUAUACUAUCAAGCACCAAUGUCAUGUGGCAUGUUGCUGUGCGUUGUGCCCUUCUUUGAACCAGUCUUUGGAGAAGGUGGAAUUUUUGGCCCCUGGACUCUCUCUGCUGUGUCUAUGGUGCUGGUCUCUGGAAUAAUAGCAUUUAUGGUGAACUUGUCUAUUUACUGGAUUAUUGGGAAUACUUCACCAGUGACAUACAACAUGUUUGGACACUUCAAAUUCUGCAUCACCCUCAUGGGAGGAUAUCUCUUAUUUAAGGAUCCUUUAUCAAUUAAUCAAGGCCUUGGAAUUACAUGCACGUUGUUUGGCAUACUAGCUUACACACACUUCAAACUUAGUGAGCAAGAUGGGAACAAAAGCAAGCUGGUUCAACGUCCGUAAAUUAAGUAUUUUUGUUGGUAACAAAAGAAUUGCUUUAAUAUGCACUGAUUCCAAAAGCAAUGCACUGUCUAUGGAGGAAUCUAAAAUUGUCCAUCUCCCAGCAGAGCAGGUAUUCUCUCUCCUAUAGCUCCCAUGCACUGCCACUUCCUACUGUGGCCAGUUGGAGUAUGGAUUGUAUUAAAUUGAGGGGGUCAUAGGAUUCAGUAGAAA